UAUAAAAAUGAGUGAACAUGUUCAAAUAAUAUAAUAUGCUUUGAUGCAAAAGAAAGAUAUGGAUGGGUCUGAAAAAGAUAAUGUACAAGACUCUCAUGAUACCGUGUGUACUUCCAACUUGUAUGAAAAAACAACCGAAAAAUCCUCCAAUUUUCUAAACAACAUUUGGGUGAAGAGAACCUAUGAAGACAAAGACGUAACUGAAAAUAAUGAUGAGGUACUAAAAAAUAAUUUAAAAGAAGCAGAAUUCUUCGAGAAUUAUUCAUUGCAACCGCGAGAAGAUAGUGAGUCUGUACAGAACUUUGCACAACCUGCUAUUGAUUCCAGCACAUUGUACCCUGGAAAAGAAGAAUCACACAAUUCACUUUCCGUGGGUGAAGGUGACGAUUUCUCUGACGAUGAAGGCGAUGCUACAGACUACUUUGAUAGUGAUGACGAAUACCAAGUGUCCUGUAAUAGACGUCUGAUGAAGGAAGCCGAUAGUGAGUUUGUUCAUGGAGGUUUCGAUCGCUACGGUUCAACACCCACAGAGGGAAGAUACAGUCAGGGUGUGGAACAGUAUAUGAAUAUGCCAGUUUUCUUGAAAUCAAUCCGAAAAUUUGCAACAGAUAAUCAUUUUGAGUUGUGGAAUGGAAAACCUGACGGUAGUUGUAUGUUCCGAUCAAUAACUGACCAACUAACAAUAAAUGGUCACUUUGGUCAUACAGCGGAGACACUUCGACAAAUGACAGUUCAGUAUCUUAUGGAUCAUCCUUUGCAGGAAGAUGGUUGCCCAAUCAAAUCCUUUCUAAGUACUGAAACCUGGGAAGAAUACCUAACAAGGAUUUCGAACCUGAUGGAAUGGAGCGAUCACAUAAUGCUAAAAGCAAUAGUAGAUGCACUUCAUUUGGAGGCUGUUGUUUUUAAUAUUUAUAAGGACGACGUUCGUCGCACAGAAGUGAAGUCCUCUAGAAAAGAUGUUUCGUUCCCAGCAUUGACUAUUUACCUUGGACAUUUAGGAGAGUUUCAUUAUGUUAGUCUUCGUCCAAAGAAAUGGGAAAAACUUUGGCCGUAUAGAGCGCUACUUCAUAGAACUCAUUUCUGUGCAAACAGAAGUGUUCCACAUGGCAUUUCAGAGAAAUUUGAAAGAUUUCAGAAGUUUGGCAUCAUCGGAAGCAUUAUGGAGCCUGGACUUGAAGAAUUUUUCUUAUCCUUGUCCACAGGGACGAUUUCUUUAGAUACAACGGAUGGAGAUGACCAAGAAAAUUCGGCGAGAUCGUUCCAUCAGGAGAAAAGUUAUAUUUCUAUGUUCAACUCCUAUGGUUUAGAAGAACUCCAGGAUGAAGAUACAGAUGAUUCACUUGAGUGUCUCAUUGAAGAUCCAUUGUAUGUCGACGCUUUGACUGGAAUACCCCUUCCGCAUUUGGGAUUUAUCAUAAAGAAUAGCUUCCCAAAAGAACUGAUUGAAGAGUACUCAAAUGUAGGUGGAGCUAGAAAAAAUGAAAAACAAUUGUUUCACUGUAUUGGUACCUUUGCCACAGGUGACAAUGUUGCUUUAAAAGACAUUUCGCAAGAAAGAGAAAUAAUAAGAUAUCAGUGCAGUUUUGUACGUAAAGGUCCCUCUGUGGUUGCAGCACAUGUUAGCAAUGACAUACAAUUCGAAACUACUGGUCAUGGUAGUGGAGAUAUAAAAUCCGUUUUACAUGCUGAUUGCAGCGGAACGCAUCCAGGUUAUUGCUGGUUACGACCUUUAGACACUAGAACAUCCUUCACAACGAAAAAAGUUUCGGAACUAAAUGAUGGUUUGUUCCUCACAAAACAAGAGUUACCGGUGGGAAUAACACCUCCUACAUAUACGCGGCAAUGUUUCUUUGGAUUUGUUUGCAAAACAUUCCCCACUGUGGCCAGAGAAUGGGUUCAGCGCAAGAGAAAAUUUGACUGGCCUCCUCCAUUUAUAAUAUCCAAAAUUGUAAGCCAAGGUACAUGCACUUUGAUUCAAAAGUGUCAUCCAUCAAGUAUCCAUUCUGAUAUUGGAUGGAAGCUUGAUUUCUCAAUGGCGUAUUCUUAUCUUUUCUGGGAAACCCUAGACAACUUUCAAAUCCAUGGGUAUCAUGUUCUUAAAAUUAUAAUUCAAGAGGCUACUAGAGUUUUAUCUAAAGGACUUAAAAGAAAACAUGUUCUUUCAGUUUUUUUAAAUGCAUGCGAAGGAAUUCCUCAGCAGAAAUGGGAGACAAAUCUUGCUGGAUGCAUACUGCAUACGCUUUCCUUGCUGAUUUUCUAUCUCAAAAGAAAAUAUUUCCCACAUUAUUUCGUAUCAUCAAACAACCUAAUAGAUCAUUAUACUGAGGAAGAGAUCGAAAAAAUACGUGUCUACAUGGAGGCUAUUAGACUGUUUCCAACCAUGGUGGUAGGCUUUAUUUCAGAAAGACACGGUUACACGUUUAGUGGAAACCUAAAUAGGCAAGUUUUAAAUGAAUGCAAAGAUUUUACAAAAUCUAGAGACUUGCAUGAAAUGUACCAGGAAAAAUUUGUCCCCAUUACCUUUCGAGUUUCAAAAUUCUUCUGUCGUCUUGGGUUUUAUUCAACAGCAUUCCGAUUAAUUCGAGAAGUGUUUGAAGAAAUGUUAGAAGUUUCUCCAGAAAAUGAAAAAAGAAACUUCGAGGCACCAAACUUUUUGGACUUCUUUCUUAAGGGAUUACGUGAAUUUAAGCAAAAAACAUCAAGAGGAAUUUUGGGUCAGAUGUUUGAUAGGAAUAACAAAACUGAGAUUUUUAAGCGUGGUUCAAAAGAGAGUUUCAAAAUUGUCGGUGAAGUAGUACCUUGGAAAGCUGACUUCAGAAUAGCUUGGAUGAGAAUUCCUACAGAAAAAAAUCGAGACUUCUCGUUAAUAGCUUCAUUCUUCUACGAACUGAGCUUAUCCCAAUACAGAAUGGAAAAUAUCAGUUUGGCCACACUUGCUGUUGAUACAGCUAUUCGUUGUAUGGACCGUGCUAUUUCAGAAGAAUUGGUUAAUAUUGAGAAUAUUGAAGAUACAAAACUGAGGGAGGAAAUCAUGUCAGAGCAAAAAACUGCUAAGAGAAAUCUCAAAAGGAGAUUAUUUCAUUUUUAUAUUCACGUUUAUUAUAUUUCUGGCUUAGAUGGUAUUACCUAUCCAAUAAGCAAGUAUUUGACUGCAAUUGAAAAACUUUCAGAAGAAUUUCCGGAAAUGUUUGAGAUAGUUGCAAAUAUGUUUUAUUUUAUAGGAAAUGAAGAAAAAGGCAACGAGUACAAAAACAAAUUUGAAGAUUACUUUUCAGGACAAAGGAGAGAUGCCCGUAGAUUGUGGUAUUGAGUUUAAUAAGGAACUUGAUAGUAUGUUUUGUUUGAAUGCUGUUUAACCCCUCUCAGGAUUUUUUUCUAUAUGGACACGCUACCAUAUGCCGAUGGAGAGCUACAAAUUUUGACCAAAACCUGGCACUCACGGCCUCAUCCGAAGGUCUCCACGUCCCACAGUGGGAUUCGAACCUUACUUUGCGACUCUAGAGCAGACGCUCUUAUCACUGCUCCACGCGGGUGACGACUUGAAAGUAUGAAAACAAUUCUUAAUCUUCAUUUCAACAAUGCUAGUAAAGUUUGUGUCUUAUAUUUGUCUCGAUCAUUUUGUUUUUAUUAAAGCUUUAAGUUUGUUUGACAAAUAAAGAAA